AAAACCCACGACAUCAUAAUAGAGCCCAUCCGGUACACAUUAGUCGUAAGAUAUUUGAAAGAAGAAAAAAAGAGAAUACAUAAACAAACUUUUUCAUAGUAAAUAAAAAGGGCUCGUGUGAAUGGCGAAAGAACCGGUUUUCUCUUUGGCAUUUUUGGUUGAAGUAUGUCACAGAUCGCCAGAGGGUAGGACAAAAAACCCCACAACAGUUGUGUGUGUACCAACUGGCCCUCCCUUCCAGCACCUUUUGGAACAUUGGUGGAGUACGUCGUCUCAGUAGACAAUUCGACGUCGGUGGGAACACAACAGUCGCCCGAGUUGCAUUUGUCCGUGCAGCUGUCGGCUAGAUUCGGGCAACUGGUUGGUUGUAGCCAAUCGAUUGCGUUGGCUGGCCAGCUAGACACACAUUGUGUGUAUAAAAGAAAAUAUUUACGCCGUCCAGACCAAACUAUAGUGUGAUGUGUGUGAGCCGUGGGGCAGCGAUGCGCACGGCGUCCUUGAGUCCGGUGCACCUGUACUCAACCAAACGGUCAUCGGCUACAGUGUUUUCUUUCCUUUAAAGAAGAAAAGGAGAGUCUUUGACACAAAUUCCUCCGCUUUUUUUUUUACGUUUUUGGCUUGUUAAAAAGACUCCACAUGACCCCCUCUCUGCUUAAGAGAGUUUAGGUUGUUUGCUUAUUUUUUCUUUUUUAGUUUCACUAUCAAACUGGCAGUGACACGGGAACGUUAUCUCUAUAGCUGAUUUUAGUGAUUGUACUAUCAAUUAUGGAUCUCUCUCCGCGUCGCAGAUCAUCCAUUGCAGGCACUGUUGUUGAUAAUAAUCGGUAUAGUCACGUUGAUGGUGUUGGAAUCCAAGAGCAUUUCCUAUGGUACUCUGGACGACAUUGCGCAGAACCCACCGCCACCUACUCAUUCAGCAUUCCUUCACGUGACUCAAUUGAUCAGCCAAGCGGCAGACACUAGCCUCAAUCUACGACGGACUCCUUCAAGUGAAAUGACCCAGGACCUGUAUCAGAGGCAACCGCUAUUGUCAUCUAAAAAUGAAGGCUGGGACGAUUGUAGCUCGUCUGAACCGUCUACUUUAUACGAAUCGAGAGGCUCGUCUAACGGGAGUCGCAGCAGUGGCUCGGUCACUAUCAACGGAUUGAAUAAAAGUAUUACCAGCAAUGGCAGUUGUAGCAGCAGCAGCAGCAACAACGGAACGAAACCUGAAAAUGGCAUCAUCCGCAUCGACGUGCCUGCACCACACAGAGACGAACCUAAAUUCCCACGCGAGUACUUUAAAACGCUUAUCGCAUUCUUGUUCUGCCUUUUCAAUUGGUUCUUGACAACCAUUUCGCUGGCGUUGGUUCACGAGCGAGUACCUGACCGGACGCAUUACGGCCCACUUCCUGACGUGUUUCUUGACAAUGUACCGGCCGCCGAUUGGGCCCUUGAUGUAUCGGAGAUACUCAUAAUCAUCUCAACUACAUCGUGCAUGAUCUUGCUCUUUUUUCAUAAAUACAGAUCAAUCGUUAUGCGGAGGGUGUUUUUCCUUUUGGGUGUAUUGUACAUGAUGCGAGCAUUCACCAUGUAUGCCACAGUUAUGCCUGUUGCCUCCAGGACUUAUUACUGUUCUCCAAAGUCCAAUCACACGGGAGCUGCUGUUAUAACCUUGCGAGCGAUCCGGAUUCUCGUUGGAAUGGGCUUAUCGAUCAACGGUCAGCACGUUUACUGUGGCGAUUACAUCUACAGUGGCCAUACCGUGAUUCUAACUGUGUCGUCGCUGCUUAUUCAAGAGUAUACCCCGAGGAAAUGGCGGCCGUUGCAUUGGCUCUCGUGGCUAGUCACCUGUCUGGGCGUUGUCUUUGUUAUGGUCGCUCACGGACACUACACUGUGGAUGUCCUCAUUGCCUACUACGUCACCACUCGCGUUUUCUGGAUGUAUCACACCAUGGCCAGCAAUACCAUCUUGAAGCAAAACGGACCGUCCAAUUACUUGUCGAAGUUAUGGUGGUAUUGCAUCUUCACCUAUUUCGAGCGUAACGUGGGUGGUGUUGUCCCAAGACGUUACGAAUGGCCGCUGCCUUGGCCUCGCCAUUUUCUCUCCAAAUACCCGGAUCGUAAUAGCUAGUGCCGUCUUUUAAGCGAAGAAGAUCGGCGUCAAAGCCAUACAAAACUCUUCCGUUCAGUUCAGUUGCCUUGCUGUGUGUGCAUUCACCUAGUGGAGCGAAAGUGUUAGUAUCUAUACGGACGAGAAGACGGUGUAAUUGGAAACUUUGGCCAAGAAUAGCAACGCGAACAUGUUGGGUUCCUAAAGAGUCAUUUGCCUAAACAUGUUCAUAAUUAUAUCAGUGGCAAGAAUGCGCGUUUUCUUUGUUCCCCUGGAAAGGCGAAGCGCUCAUCCCAUAUGAAAAGUUGAAUUCGGUCUGAACAAUCAAGGAAAAAAAUUUAGAAUGUUUGGGAAACACUAUGUAAAACAUUAUUGCGCUUGAAAUUUGUUUCUUUAGAUUUUGUUUUCGCGGCCCUUUCAUUUUAGAAAUUAAAGCGCUGCGUAUUUUGUGCCUCAUGAUUUCAUUGUGUCCAUACUAAACAAAAUGUCCAGGUUGGUCAUCAUCAUUAUUCUACGGAAAUUUCUUAUCCUUUCGAAAAUUAUCUCGUGUGUUUGUUCGUUCGAUCAUUAAGUAUGUCAUUUAAAUGUAUACAGAAUUAUGAAUAUAUUAUUCAGUCAUGUGGAAAACAGAAAA